UUCAUGAAGAAGGUCCUGUUCCCAGCCAUCAAGCGCGCCGCAGUCAAGGUUUCCAUCGCCUACCGCCGACAGCAUGGCCUGACACACAAGAUUACAGAGAUCCCGGUCGGCUCAUAUGUAAUGGUCAUGCAACGUAACCGCGCCAACAAGCUGGACCCGGCUAAUGAGGGACCAUUCCUGGUAACAGCUAUUACUAAGGGAGGUAGUUAUGCGCUACAGGACCUGGAGGGCCAACAGCUGGCCAGACAUUAUACAGUGUCCGAACUUCACAUGAUAUCAGACGUCCCACUAUUCCAAGAAUCAUCUCUGGAAGUCGACAAGAUCAUUGGGCAUCGCUUGAACAAGCUCGAUGACUAUGAGUACCGAGUACGCUGGAAGGACAAUACUGAAGCAGAUUCCUGGGAGUCCUUCGCCAACUUCGAUAGUCCCAGUAUAAUACGUGACUACUGGCAAGAACAUGACCGAAAGAAGAAA